GUAGAAAACAAUAGUGAGAUGUGACUAGUAAGGGGUUUGGCAUAGAAUAGAUAGACUAUAGAGGCAUGAGAGAGGAGAAGGUGGGUCCCAAACAAUACAAUAGACGCAGAGAGCAGAGGAAAGAAGAGCAGUGCAUACAGUGUCUGGCAAAGGCACAGACACUCAUUCAUUUCAUUCAGUGACCCCUCUCCCCUCCUCUGUUUGGUUUGGUUUGGUUUGAGUCGACAUGAGAAAGAGUGGAAGCGAUUUAGGUGGCUAAAAAAUCGCGUUAUUUUAGUUUGGACUUUGUAGACAGACAAACACCCUAGUCAUUGGUUCUCCCAUCUUCCUCGUCCCACCACACAACCUUUCUUCUUUUCUUUUCUCUUCUCUCACUCCCACCCACCUUCACAUACAACAACACCCUUUUCUUUUUUAUUUUAUUUUAUUUUAUUAUUAUUAUUAUAUCCCCUAAUAAUAAUUAUUACGCUUCUUUUUCGCUGCUAUGUUGAUCCUCUCUCUCUUAUUCUUCUAAUUCAUUCUCUUAUCGUCAUUGCCAUUGAACAACAACUUCGUCAUGACUGCAACUCCUCUCAUCACUAUUAGUCCCGACGAGCUCAGGUUCCAUUUUGAGCUGGAAAAGCAAACAUUUUGUGACCUUAAAGUCCUGAAUAACACAGAGAACCAUGUUGCUUUCAAGGUCAAAACCACUUCACCUAAGAAAUACUUUGUACGACCAAACACUGGUGUUAUACAGCCCUGGGACUCAUGUAUCAUCAGAGUUACCCUCCAAGCUCAACGUGAAUACCCUCCAGACAUGCAAUGUAAAGACAAGUUUCUCUUACAGAGUACUAUAGUGAAUCCAAAUACUGAUGUUGAUGAUCUUCCACCAGAUACUUUUAAUAAGGAUAGUGGUAAUUCAAUAGAGGAUUUGAAACUACGAGUCUCAUAUAUCACUCCCACCUCACCCGAAGGAAGCUCUGAAGAUGAUGCAGCAAAGAAUUCCUCACAAAAACUCAAUUCCUCUUCCGCUGUACAGCUCCUGAAGGAAGAAAGAGAAGCCGCUGUCAGACAAACACGACAGCUUCAACAAGAACUGGACUUGCUGAAAAGGCAUAGAAGCCGGAGAGGCGAUCCUGGCUUUUCGUUCACCUUCGCCAUUUUUGUUGGUCUACUUGGAACUUUGCUUGGCUUUCUAGUGAAAUUUUUAUUCUCCUCGCCAUCUACAGAAUAAUUAACACUGUUUUGAAACCUUUGCAUGCGUGCAUACUUUCCGCGUUGAUCACUGUAAAAGUGUAAAGUUCUAUAUUCUUUUAAAAGUGUAAACCUUUGCAAAGCUUUGUCUUUAUCAUCAAACUUCACAUCAAUGUUCUCCAAAGUGUCAAGAAUUUAAUUAAAAUCAGCUAGUUGAUUCACAGUGGAUUGUGAUUUCAUCAUCAUAGUCGAGUAGAGUUGUUGCUUCGAAGAUAAUUUAUGAACCAAAUACAUCAUAUAAAGAUAUUCCAAUUUAAUCAAACACA